UGAAGCUUUGGCCAUGGAGAAACCCGAGGAAUCCCGCCCUGUGGAGAAACAGUGGAAGUGUAGGGACUGUGGGAAAGGCUUCCGAGUCCCAUCAGCCCUGGAGACUCAUCGGCGCAGUCACACCGGGGAGAGGCCAUUCCCCUGCCCCGACUGUGGGAAGGCCUUCAGACAUUCCUCCCACCUGCUGGCCCACCAGCAGGACCACACGGGGGAAAGACCCUUCAACUGCCCUGAGUGCGGGAAGGCCUUCGUGUUUUUCUCCGCCCUGUUGGCCCACCAGCGGGUCCACACAGGAGAGAGGCCGUUCAGCUGCCCAGAGUGCGGGAAGGCUUUUACCAACAACUCCAACCUGCGGACCCACCAGCGGAUCCACACGGGGGAAAGGCCCUUCAGCUGCCCUGAGUGUGGGAAGGCCUUCAGCGAUUCCUCCACCCUGCGGACCCACCGGCGUGUCCACAUGGGGCAGAGGCCCUUCAGCUGCCCCGAGUGUGGGAAGUCCUUUACCCACGUCUCCUCCCUGAUGAGGCACCAGCGGGUCCACACCGGGGAGAGGCCGUUCACCUGUUCUCAGUGCGGGAAGGGCUUCAUCUGCUCCUCCACCCUGCGGAGCCACCAGUGGGUCCACACCGGGGAGAGGCUCUUCAGCUGCCCCGAGUGUGGGAAGGGCUUCAGCACAUCCUCCACCCUGCUGAAGCACCAGCGGGUACACAGCGGGGAGAGGCCGUACAUCUGCUCUCAGUGCGGGAAGGCCUUCAGCACAUCCUCCACCCUGCUGACCCACCAGCAGGUCCACAACGGGGAGAGGCCGUACAUCUGCUCUCAGUGCGGGAAGGCCUUUACCCAGUCCUCCCACCUGCUGACACACCGGCGUGUCCACACGGGGCAGAGGCCAUUUAGCUGCCCCGAGUGCGGGAAGGCCUUUACCCACGUCUCCACCCUGAUGAGGCACCAGCGUGUCCACAGCGGGGAGAGGCCGUUCACCUGCUCUCAGUGUGGGAAGGGCUUCACCUGCUCCUCCCACCUGCGGAGCCACCAGCGGGUCCACACGGGGGAGAGGCCCUUCAGCUGCCCCGAGUGUGGGAAGGUCUUCAGCAGAUCUUCCUCCCUGCUGAGGCACCGGCGGAUCCACACCGGAGAGAGGCCGUUCAGCUGCCCCGAGUGUGGCAAGGCCUUCAGCAGAUCUUCCUCCCUGCUGACCCACCAGCGGAUCCACACCGGGGAGAGACCAUACACCUGCCCUCACUGCGGGAAGGGCUUCACCUGCUCCUCCAACCUGCGGAAGCACCAGCGGAUCCACACGGGGGAAAGGCCCUACAGCUGUCCCGAAUGUGGGAAGGCCUUCAGGGAUUCCUCCUCUCUGCUGACUCACCAGCGGAUCCACACUGGGGAGAGUCCCUUCAGCUGCCCCGAGUGCAGGAAGGCCUUCAGCAAUUCCUACAACCUGCAGAGCCACCAGCGGGUCCACACAGGGGAGAGGCCAUUCAGCUGCCCCGAGUGCAGGAAGGCCUUCAGCGAUUCCUCUACCCUGCUGAUCCACCAGCGGAUCCACACGGGGGAGAGGCCAUUCAGCUGCCCCGAGUGCGGGAAGGCCUUCAGAUAUUCCUCCUCUCUGCUGAGGCACCAGCGGAUCCACACUGGGGAGAGGCCCUUCAGCUGUCCCGAGUGCAGGAAGGCCUUCAGCGAUUCCUCCGCCCUGCGGAGCCACCAGCGGGUCCACACGGGGAGAGAGUCUCACAGUUGUACAGAAUGCACCCUGCUGACCCACCAGCGGAUCCACACGCGGGAGACGCCCUACAGCUGCCCCGAGUGCGGAAAGGCCUUUACCCAGGUCUCUGGACUGCAAAACCACCAGUGGGUCCACACAGGGGAGAGGUCCUUCAGCUGUCCCGAGUGCAUGAAGGGCUUCAGCAAUUCCUCCUCUCUGCUGAGGCACCAGCGGGUCCACACGGGGGAGAGGCCCUUCAGCUGCCCUAAGUGCGGAAAAGCCUUCAGGGAUUCCUCCUCUCUGCUGAGGCACCAGCGGGCCCACACUGGGGAGAGGCCCUUCAGCUGCCCCGAGUGCAGGAAGGCCUUUAUCCAGGUCUCUGGACUGCUAAACCACCAGUGUGUCCACACAGGGGAGAGGCCGUUCAGGUGCCCAGACUGCAGGAAGGCCUUCAGCAAUUCCUCCUCUCUGCUGAGGCACCAGCGGAUCCACACGGGGGAGAGGCCCUACAGCUGCCCCGAGUGCAGGAAGGCCUUCAGCAAUUCCUCUGCCCUGCUGAGCCACCAGCGGGUCCACACGGGGGAGAGGCCCUUCAGCUGCCCCGAGUGCGGGAAGGCCUUCAGCAAUUCCCCCAACCUGCUGAGGCACCAGCGGGUCCACACAGGGGAGAGGCCCUUCAGCUGCCCCGAGUGCAGGAAGGCCUUCAGCAAUUCCUCCGCCCUGCUGAACCACCAGCGGGUCCACACCGGAGAGAGGCCCUUCAGCUGCCCCGAGUGCAGGAAGGCCUUCAGCAAUUCCUCCGCCCUGCUGACUCACCGGAGGGUCCACACAGGGGAGAGGCCCUUCAGCUGUCCUGAGUGCGGGAAGGCCUUUACCCGCUCCUCCCACCUGCUGAGGCACCAGCGGGUCCACACGGGGGAGAGGCCCUUCAGCUGCCCCGAGUGCGGGAAGGCCUUCAGCAAUUCCUCCGACAGGCUGACCCACCAGCGGGUCCACACUGGCGAGAGGCCAUUCCCCUGCCCCAAGUGUGGGAAGGCCUUCAUCAGCUCCUCCCACCUCCGGAGGCACCAGCGAGUUCACAUUCCAUCGCAGGGGGAUUGAAGGAGUGAAGGCUGAAAGUCCAGUGAAUAAUGACAAUCAGCCCAGCUCCCGGGACACCCGGGUUUGAAUCCCGCUGCAGCAGAUGGCGCUAUACAGGGUAUGGGUUGAAAUUGCUCAGUGAGGCAAUGCUUCCUCCGGGUUACGGCUAUACCAAGGAUCCAAUUAGAAAGGGACAUCUCGGUGCUGACCAAUAGUGAAGACAGUGAGGUUGGGUGGGUGUAUAAGCGUGAGUGAGUGUGCUUUGAUCUUGAGCUGUUUAAAAAGCAGCUACUUUUUCUCUGCCUUUUUGCUGAGGGGGAUUUGAAGCUUUAACAAAGUUGGGUCACAAUAAAGGUGAAGUGAACUUAACGCCGAGCUCAGACUCUCAUUGAAGGCUUUGAGCUCCAAGAGGUUUUGGUUUUAAAGCUACUCAUUCCUUUCAGCCUCCUGCACUAAGCUUCCCAUGUCGCUUAUCAGUUGGAUCAGUGAAUGAGCAGCCAGUAUCGUUAGAAAUUGUAAAUGUUUCAGGAGUGCAGAAUGUGAGAAUUCUAUUCGAGAGGGUUGAGUAAAGAUUUACCAGGAUGUUGCCAAGACUGGAGGGAGGGUUUGAGUUAUCAGGAGAAGCUGGGACUUUAUUCACUGGAGCACAGGAAAUUAAGGGGUGUCAUCAUUGAGAUUGAUAAAAUCAUGGGGAGUGGAGGUAAGGGCUCUUCCUUAGCGUAGGGGAGCUCAAGACUAGGGGGCACAUUUCUUUAAAGUGAGAGGAGAGAGAUUUAAAAGGAACCUGAGCGGCAAGGUUUUGACAGAAGGCAGUUUUCACGUGGAAUGAAGUUGGAUGAGGAUGUGGUAGAUGCAGAUGAAGUUACAAAUUUUAAAUGACAUUUGGAUGAGUACAUGAAUAGAGGGACAUGGGCCAAAUGCAGACAAAUGGGAUCUUAUUGAAGUGGCCUUAUUGAAACCAGUAGAAUUCUGAAAGGGGCUUGACAGGAUUGAUGCAGAUAAAAUGCUCCUUUGUGGGGUGAGUCAUAGAAUGCCAACAAUGUGGGAGCAGGCCAUUCAGCCCAUUUAUUCCAUGCUAGCCCUUCGAAGAGCAUCUCGCCCACAUCCAUCCCAUGGCCCAUCAACCCUAAAUUGCACAUCUAGGGUCACUAUGGGUAAUUUACCACAGCCAAUCCACCCGAACCUUUACACUCUAAUCUAUAAAUUACCUUCUCAAAAAUGACAUUUAAAUGUAGAGUUUUUCUCUAAGCAAAACGUCAGUCUGACUCAACAUUCGGGUGCAGUCAGAAUUCACACUUAUUGUCAGAAAAGCUCUGCAUUUGAAUGACAUUCUUGAGUAGGUAACAAAAAACAAGUUCUGGGAUUAACAUGCUAAAGAACAGAAACCCAUUCUAAAGGUGAAAGAUUUAAUCUAAAAUUGUUUGAUGUGUCACAUUUCCAUGACACUAGAAUCCUUUCGAUAUAAAUUGUGAUCAUGAUCUCAUUCUCCACAGCCACCUGAUGAAGGAGCGGCGCUCCGAAAGCUAGUGCUUCCAAACAAACCUGUUGGAUUAUAGCCUGGUGUUGUGCGAUUUUUAACUUUGUCCAUGGGAUACACAUGAGUUGUGGGACUGGUAACAGUUCUUAUUUUGUGAUCUAUUCCAAGUGAAAUUUCUCCUCUGCGCAGGCACGGGUGAACAGUUUGUUUUUUGUGCUUUGCGCGAGAUCGGGCUAGCAGCUUUUAAAUCCUUAUGUUAAGCAGUCGAAGUAAACUGUCGAUCAGCAACUGUAUUCCGAGAGUGGUACUUCCAGCUCUGGUAAUCCUGUUGCAUCAGAGAGAGGGAGAGGAUGUCACAUCUAAAGAGCAGACUGAAAAGUUAUUUCACUUGUUGAGUCAGUUCCUCCCUCAGAUGAGACUGGAUAUUGCUUUUAAUGGAUCAUAAUUAAAUGCUACAAUGGAACAUCUUAAAUUUGAGGAGGUUUGAAAGGGCAAACAAAACAGUUUCUUUGAAAAGAGAUAUUGUUCCAUUUCUAAUCUUGGGUGACCCAUGAGACAUUUUUACUGAGCGCCAUAAUCAUCUUCCUGCUGGAUUUUUUUCAGGGCAAGCAAUUUCUGGUGAGAGAAAUUCUGCAUCCUGGGAAGGCGGGGAAAUUAACAUAAAAACAGGCUGUUAAAAGCAUUUUAACUGUGGGUCCACGAGCUUUCGUGGGAGCAGUGCAUUUGCCAAAAACAUUUCGGAGGAAUUCUGUCGAACUGUUGGACUGAAAGUAGUUUCCCCACUGAACGUUAAACAGGCAUUGAGAACGUUGCGCAUUAUAGUGUGUUCCUGAGGACCGGAGGAGGAUUGAACUUGCCAACGUGAACCACACUUUGCAGAGAGAGGAAAUUUCUCCGGAUGGAAGAGGUUGAUGGAAGUCAACAAUUGUCAGAUUAUUUCAUGAAAAUAACAGCUGGUAUAGGGAACACCUAGAAGAGGGGCGUGUGUAAUGAGUACACAGAAACAAACUCUUCAGUCCAGGCCAGCCAGAUAUCCUAAAUUAAUCUAGUGACCCAUUUGCCAGCAUUUGGCCCAUAUCCCUCUGAAUGCUUCCUAUUCAUAUCCCCAUCCAGAUGUAUGGUUUUCUUUGGAGAAUACUUGGGUGAGAGCCAAGAUAUGCUAUUACUCAGCCUUUUCCCACUGAGCUUGACCUUUCCUUCAUGUUAAUUGGAGCUGGAAAAGCCUGAAAGCUGAAAAGGAUUUCCUGGGGAAAAAAAACUUUUCCUUUCAGUCGCUACAAGUCAAUAAUUUAUAGAAUCCCUGCAGUGUGGGAAGAGGCCUUUCGGACCAACCAGUCCACACCAACUCUCCGAAGAGCAACCCAUUCAGACCCAUUUCCCUAUGACUCUACACUUACUUCUGAGUAAUGCACCUAACCUACACAUCCCUGAUUACAAUGGGGAAUUCACCUAACCUGCACAUCUUUGGAUUGAGGGAGUAAAACCCACGGCCCUUGAGCCCAGCAUUAAAAAUAAAUGGAAAAAUGGUAGUGGCAAAAGAGAGUGCCGUACUCACAGAAGUGGGACAAAGGAGGGAAGUUGCAGUCCGGCGUGAAGGUGAAUCUUCAUUCAGAGGCAGAGAAUCAACAGCAGGUUCAGAAACUCAUGGUGCACCUUCCGCAUUCAGACAAUAUGGGGGGUUCUGAUUGGCAGGAGGACCGGUCUUCUUCUGGUCCUCCUUGGCAUUCUAUUGGUUCGUCAAAAGUAGUUCGCGCGCCUUUUCGGCGGACAGCAAGAAGCAUGCGCAGUGAUUUGCUGACACCAGCAAAUAUACGUUAUGCAUUACUGACACCGAGGAGCAUGCGCAGUAUGCUCUGCG